UAAGUGUCCACACAGCUGUUUGCUGGCAGAUUACGCGACCGAUGGUGCUUCAAGUUCUUUUUAUUGCUAUAAAUCUUUUGACAACUUUAUAAAACAAACCUGAAGCACCAUGCACAAAAUGAUAAGGCAAAUUGCGCAGCUAACGGUGCAAACGCCGCUGCUUGCGGCCGCCCCCGUAACCAGCGCAGCAAAAUUGUUAGCCAUGCCGCCUGUGAUCACGCAAAACGUUGACUGCUGCGGCGUGCACACGGCUGCCUCUGGGGGCCUUUGCACUAAAUGGAAUAAACACAAUUACGGACCUCGCAAAUGGCUGGAAUACAACAAAACUGUGCAUCCGCCACAGGAAGCGGACGAGGAGCCACGCAAAGCGUAUGUGUGCCAUAUGCGCAGCAACAUCAAAUAUAGUCCGGACAAGAUGUGGUAUAUAGCGGCCUUUGUGCGCGGCAUGUCCGUAGACGAGGCGCUCAAGCAACUGAAUUUUGUGCUCAAAAAGGGCGCCACAGAUGUCAGGGAGACGAUACUGGAGGCUCAGCAAAUGGCCGUUGAGCGGCACAAUGUUGAGUACAAGAGCAAUUUGUGGAUUGCUGAAUCCUUUGUGGGCAAAGGACGCGUCUUCAAGGGAAUGCGACGACAUGCACGCGGUCGCUUUGGACGCGUCGAGUACAAGCACUGUCACUACUUCCUGCGGCUAGAGGAGGGUGAACCACCGCAGCACUACUACCUACCCGAGCCACAAACACCUGAGCAGCAGUUGGAGCAAUGGCUGGAGCAGAUGCGCAGUCGAAAGGUCAUCAAUUCGUUGUAGAGACUCAAACACACACACACUCACAUACACAGCCUGCGCCCUUGUACACAGCCUCAUCCACAUAAAACGGAUUUGAAGUUGUUUUCAAAAACGUUCGUUUAUUAAUAAAAAUGCAAAUGAAACUGA